UACGCGACCAUUGUGCGUUUUCAUCGUCUACGCCUUUGUCUUGAGUUUUGCUUUUUCCUCAACCGGUCUUCUCCCGGACGUAUCCUAGCGAUACAUUCAUUGUUUCAGAAUGUCCACUAGCGGUGUUGUUUCACCAUUUCGGAUCUCCAGGAAGGAUGGAGAGAAGCUUGAUCGCAAUGAGGCAUUUAUAGCCGUUCGAGAGCACCUGAAGCGCCAAGAGAUGGGCAUGGAUGCCCCAAGUUUCUGCUCUCACCACCGCCAUUCUUGCUCCGAUCAAGACAAGGAGUCCUUCCGCCUGCAUCGCGAUAUAAUCCAUACUCUCUUACUUCCUUUGUUUCUGCUCCACCACCAAGCCUCGCGUGUCGCCGCUAGGGCGUUGCCCAGCCGCAAAGAAGCGGAAUCGGAACGGGCAUUUCGCGGGGAAGCACGCAGUGCUUAUGCCUGGCUUCAAUGCAUCCUCACCGAGGAGCAUGAUUGGUACCUGACCGAACGAUGCCCCGCUUGCAUCGUCUUACACGUCUUGCACUCCGAGCCGACUAUUCGUUUCGUAGCCGUGGCUUGCCUUCUGUCCGACCACCUACAAGGUCUGGACCUGCUCCACGGGAAAAGUCGGUUGCCCAGCUUCGACUUUUGGCUUGAGGCAUUAGAAACAGCUGUGCGCGAGGAUCCUUUCUGGGGUCAUGAUUUCUGGCCCGAUAUCGAGUACCGCGCCUGUGCGUUGACCGACGGUGUCAAGCAGCUGGUGCUGCAGUGCCUGGAACUCCGAUCUGCGUUGGAUCGGCAAAACCACCAAUCUCAGACAUACGACCCCAGUGCUCACUUCCGUCGUGAGUCGCUGCGGCAAUCACACCACCCAAUGAAGCCCUCGAUUGCUAUAUCACGAAUGACUGGAGAAGAGCAGAAGCUCUUGUCCAAGGUCGCGGGUAGCCGUUGCAUGUCAUCAUAUUGGCAAGAUCGGCCGCAAAGAUUUCAUGCCCGCAGACACGGCGAUCCCCGCAGAAGGUCGGUGACUUCUUGAGCUCAUGUCGUUGCCGGUCUAGAUUGUCUAGACCUCCAGACGAACAAAACAAGUGCCCCUGGCGAUACGAUAACGUCAGGAAUGUUCUUAAGUCCUGCAGGUCGAACCAGUUCGGGUUAGUCCGAUAGUAUUGGAAACACGGAUGAGUGCCGAAAGAAGGCGCUCGCCCGGAUACUUGGCAUGACUCACUCCCACGGUAGGCCUCGUAUCCCAUAAAUAACAGUGGGAAGAA